CGUUCGGGAACACAUAAAAUGCCUGCUACAAAAUAUUUGACGAGUGUGCAUGAUGCCGUGAGAAAUGGAGAUGUGUUGGAACUGGAAUCCAUGGUGAAGAGAGGAGCCAGUAUCAAUGAAGUGGAUGCUAAAGACAAAUUUACUCCACUUCAUUGGUCCUGUCAUUCCGGUAGUUUAGAGUGUUUACAUUGGUUGUUAUGGCACGGUGCAGAUACCACAGUCACCACUCCUCAGGGCUGGACUCCAGCACAUAUAGCUGCAAUCAGAGGACAGGACGGCUGUGUACAGGUUAGAUAUUAACUUAUUUAAUUGUUAUACCUUAUUAAUAGUA